GUAGGCACGUGAGUUCCUGUUGGAAACCACUGUUCACUGUUUAUAGCAAGUUGAAAGAUUUGCAAAAGAAUCGAUAGAAUUGUAAAAAACCAAGUUUUAUAAUAUUGAGUGUAAGUUUUCUAAAGUGAGUUUAUUACAAGUUUCCAUCAUGGCACAAGUAGCAGACGAUCCGAAAAUUAAAGAAAUUAUUACCUCUUUAGAUGAUGAUAAAAUAGAUAUGCUUGCUGCAACAAGUGUUCUUCAACAACAAGCAACUGAUAUUCGAAAUCAAAAGAUUAAUUGGCAAUCAUAUUUUCAAUCACAAAUGAUUUCUCAAGAAGACUACAAAUUCAUUGUUGCCUUUGAUGUCCAGGACCAUGCCCAAAGAGAAAAACUUUUACGCACUGAACGUCUUCAAUGUGCCAAGACCUUUCUGAGUUUAAUUGGACAUGUUUCAAAAGACCAAACACUACAAUACAUUUUAGUUUUAAUAGAUGAUAUGUUGCAAGAAGACCGUUCAAGGGUCGAAAUAUUUCAUGAAUAUGCAAAUAUUAACAAGGAAUCAGUUUGGCAUCCAUUUUUGAACCUUCUCAAUAGGCAGGAUGGAUUUAUUACCAACAUGACUGCUCGUAUAAUUGCAAAAAUUGCCUGCUGGUCUCAAACACCUAUGGAACGUAGUGAUUUACACUUUUAUUUGACAUGGUUGAAGGACCAACUAAAGUCACAGUACGAGGCCCUGAGGACCUCGCAGGCCGUCGCCGAUUCUCUCAAAGGGCACGGAGGAGAACAACCAACCGAAGUCUACCACGAAAUCGGAUUCGACCAAGAUAACACCUAUCAUAUCGAUAUCACGAACAAUGAGUAUAUCCAAUCUGUCGGCCGUUGUCUCCAAAUGAUGUUGCGUAUCGACGAGUACCGUUUCGCCUUCAUCUCCGUCGAUGGUAUAUCGACCCUCUUAUCUGUCCUGUCUGGUCGAGUUAAUUUUCAAGUUCAAUAUCAGCUGAUAUUUUGUCUGUGGGUGCUCACUUUUAACCCACUACUCGCAGAAAAAAUGAACAAGUUUAAUGUUAUUCCCAUCCUAGCAGACAUCUUAAGUGACUCUGUUAAAGAGAAAGUUACGAGGAUCAUCCUUGCUGUUUUUAGGAACCUCAUAGAGAAACCUGAAGAUGGUCAAGUUGCUAAGGAACACUGCAUCGCAAUGGUUCAGUGCAAAGUACUUAAACAUUUAACAAUUCUUGAACAGCGUAAAUUUGACGAUGAAGACAUCACAGCUGAUGUAGAAUUUUUGAUUGAAAAAUUACAAAGUUCUGUGCAUGACUUAAGUUCCUUUGAUGAAUAUGCCACUGAAGUCAAGUCUGGACGCCUUGAAUGGUCUCCAGUUCAUAAGAGCAAAUUCUGGAGAGAAAAUGCUGAAAGAUUAAACGAGAAGAACUAUGAACUGUUAAGAAUAUUGAUUCAUUUGCUUGAAACCAGCAAGGACCCCCUUGUUCUUAGUGUAGCAUGUUUUGACAUUGGAGAAUAUGUCCGACACUACCCUCGUGGCAAACACGUUAUAGAGCAGCUUGGAGGCAAACAGCUUGUGAUGCAACUUUUAGCCCAUGAAGAUCCAAAUGUCCGUUACGAAGCCCUGUUGGCUGUUCAAAAACUUAUGGUGCACAAUUGGGAAUAUUUGGGUCGCCAAUUAGAGAAAGAAACGGGAGGAGAAGUGAAACCUUCUUCCGGUGUUAUUUCCGGUAAAGCUUAAACCCAUUUUUUACCAGUAUUCUUUGUACCAAGUGUAGAAUAUUUUUAUUAUAAGUAGUUCUUACAAGUAACACACGAUUUAUCCUAAUAGCUUAAAAAAUCGAUUUUUGCCGAUGAAAGGGCAGUUUAAUAAUCUUUAAAUGUUUUAAAUAUAUACAUUCCCUGCUCUUUAGAUCUAUCAAAUGAAGAUAUAUUGCAUCAUCGAAGUCAUCACAGAUGAUCUUGAACGGAAAGUUGUUUUCAAGUAUCAAAUUGUAUAAUAAUAUUGUAAAUAAAUUGCUGGUUGUAGAUAAAGUGAUAGAUUGUUGUAAAAAUUAUAAUGUGAAUAAUAACAAUAAAUUUUAUUGAUAACCGUA